CGGAAGAGAUUCUGCAGCCCUAGUUUGGCACGUUUUGGGGGGGGGGUUUCAAGCAGAGGACAUAGACGGGAAAAUAAACACAAAAUUGGGCACAUUUGAACUGUUUGCUUGCCCUGUAGGAAGUAUAUGAGAGAGCAGUCAUGGAGUCGGCCAUUCAGACUGUAGUUGGUGUCUUCCUGAAGUCCGCCAAGGGGAAGGAGAGUUUGGGAGGGAAUGACUUCCAGAAGCUGGUGAAGAGCCAGCUCCACAACAUCAUGAUGGACACGGACAGCUCCGAGGCGGUGAAGAAUAUGCGACAGGGCCUGGACUCCAACCAGGACGGUAAAGUCAACUUCGAGGAGUACAUGAACCUGGUGGGCUACCUGGCAACCUCCCUGAGUGUGCAAUGCACCGCCGCCGUGGAGACGCCAGCCGAGAGCGCUGCCACCGCACCGGAGAUCGGGAGUACACCAGCAGACGUAGAGGAAGAGAAGCCAGAAGUGGAGGCACAGCCAGAGGGGGCAUUGGCAGAGCCAGAGGCAGCCACAGCUGUAGAGGAAGAGAAGGUGGAAGUGGUGGAAGUGGUGGAAGAGGUGGAAAAGGUGGAGGAGCCAGCAGCAGCCGGGGAGAAGAUAGAGGAGGCGUCAUAGGAGUUUACCACCGGUCCUGUCCAGACAUUACAAUACACACCAACACCAAACUGAUAUACACCACACUACCCUAAUACACACUACAGUACACUAUACAACCCACCCUUCAAACAGGUGUGCUGCAAUAAUACCACACAACAUUACAGUAUAUGUUGGAACCCCACAAUAACACAUUUAUUUUCAUACACACAUACAUACACCCAGUAUUUGGUCCUAAAAUACACUAGUACACACUGCAACAUAAUAAUUAUUAUAAAGCCCAAUCCAUACUUUCUUGAUAUACAGUAUACUUAGUAUUACUAACAUACAUUACACUAUAAUUACUUACAUUACAGCAGUACAUGCCAUUAUAUGUUGAUAUACUUCCAACUAUAUAGCACACUAUAGCUCAUUAUAUGGAUAUUUAAUACAUUCUGCCAUUCAUUGACAUGUGACAUUUUGACACACCCUCUGAAAUGUUGGCACAUUUCCACACAUGGAGAACUCAAUGACCUUGACAUACACUGACACACAUGCCACUAUGUGUGUCAUUGUAUGAUGCAAUACUAAAUGUAGUUAUAUUUCGCAUUCCUUCUCUCCCUUUGCAUAUCUACAAUGACGUAAUGCAAAACUAUACGACAGUACAUUCCACAAUGUACAGUCAAGUCAGGCCAUCUCAACUCGUUCUUCUGAGAAGGUUGCUUGGCUUAAUGGCUUUGCAUUGAUGCAAGUAAGCACUGAUGCAUGGAUGCAUGACAUAUUCUACACAGCAAAUUCUCUAGUGUUAAAUCAACACUGACAGUGUUACAUUUAACACUGCUCCAGUGUCUAUACGGCCCACACUUGUCAGUGUUGAAUUAACACACUGCUUAGUGUAAAGCCUUAUUUGCAUAUUUCCCAGAGUGCCUUACCUUUCAGGUGAAGUGCAGAGUUACCACCCGUGACUGUAUUUGUUAGUGACAGAAACAUGGUUGUUGCAUUCAUCAGUUUUAAGUGCUGUGGCCUUCACCAAGUUAGAUCCUAAGUGAAUAUGUUCUCAUUAAAAUUUAAUUAUUUAACACAAUACAACAUGUAUUUCAUAAGGCCUUAGUUUUACCCUCAUACAGUAACCUGAAACUCAUGGUUUACAGGCCACAUCAGGCCACAAAAUCCUAAACAUUUGGGAUUUUUAUUCACCCGCAACUUUCAUUCAGAUUGACUGCCGGGUUUAGAAGAUUAAGAUAUGAGACUACCUAAACCAUUUUUUUAAAUUCCUUUUUCUCCCCAAUUUCGUGCUAUCCAAUUGGUAGUUACAAUCUUGUCCCAUCGCUGCAACUCCCGUACGGACUCGGGAGAGGCGAAGGUCAAGAGCCAUGUGUCCUCCAAAACACAACCCAGCCAAGCUGCACUGCUUCUUGACACAAUUCCCACUCAACCCAGAAGCCAGCCACACCAAUGUGUCAGAGGAAAUGCCGUACACCUGGCAACUGUGUCAGUGUGCACUGCGCCCAGCCCACCACAGGAGUCACUAGUGCACAAUGGGACAAAUGGCCAAACCAAUUGUGCACCGCCCCAUGGGUCUCCCAGUCACAUCAGCUGCGACAGAGCCUGGACUUGAACCAGGAUCUCUAGUGAUGCAGUGCCUUAGACCACUGUGCCACUCGGGAGACCCUACCUAAACCAUCUUAAUUAACUGGAACAACCAUUUCAGCAACAGGUGCGAGAGUCCCAAGUAUGAACACACCUACUCAUUCAAGGGUUUUUCUUGAUUUGUACUAUUUUCUACAUUGAAUAAUAGUGAAGACAUCAAAACUAUGAAAUAACACAUAUGGAAUCAUGUAGUAACCAAAAAAGUGUUAAACAAAUCAAAAUAUAUGUUAUAUUUUAGAUUCUUCAAAGUAGCCACUCUUGGCCUUGAUGACAGUUUUAGACACUCUUGACAUUCUCUCAACCAGCUUCAUGAGGUAGUCACCUGGAAUGCUUUUCCAACAGUCUUGAAGGAGUCCCAACAUAUGCUGAGCACUUGUUGGCUGAUUUUCCUUCACUCUGCGGUCCAACUCAUCCCAAACCAUCUCAAUUGGGUUGAGGUCAGGGGAUUGUGGAGGCCAGGUCAUCUGAUGUAGCACUCAUCACUCUCCUCCUUGGUAAAAUAGCCCUUACACAGCCUGUUGAAAAACAAAUGAUAGUCCCACUAAGUGCAAACUAGAUGGGAUGGCGUAUCGCUGCAGAAUGCUGUGGUAGCCAUGCUGGUUCAGUGUGCCUUAAAUUCUAAAUAAAUCACUGACAGUGUCACCAGAAAAGCACCAUCACAACUCCUCCUCCAUGCUUCACGGUGGGAACCACCCAUACAGAGAUCAUCAGUUAACCUACUCUGCAUCUCACAAUGACACGGUGGUUGGAACCAAAAAUCUCAAAUUUGGACUAAUCCGACCAAAGGACAGAUUUCCACCAAUCUAAUGUCCAUUGCUCAUGUUUCUUGGCCCAAGCAAGUCUCUUUUUAUUAUUGGUGUCCUUUAGUAGUGGUUUCUUUGCAGCAAUUCGACCAUGAAGGCCUGAUUCACAGUCUCCUCUGAACAGUUGAUGUUGAGAUGUGUCUGUUACUUGAACUCUGUGAAGCAUUUAUUUGGGCUGCAAUCUGAGGUGCAGUUAACUCUAAUGAACUUAUCCUCUGCAGCAGAGGUAACUCUGGGUCUUCCUUUCCUGUGGGGGUCCUCAUGAGAGCCAGUUUCAUCAUAGCGCUUGAUGGUUUUGCAACUGCACUUGAAUAAACUCAAAGUUCUUGACAUUUUCUGGAAUGACUGACCUUCAUGUCUUAAAGUAAUGAUGGACUGUCAUUUCUCUUUGCUUAUUUGAGCUGUUCUUGCCAUAAUAUAGAUUGGUCUUUUACCAAAUAGGGCUAUCUUCUGUAUACCACCCCUACCUUGUCACAACACAAAUUAUUUGCUCAAACGCAUUAAGAAAGAAAGAAAUUCCACAUAUUGACUUUUAACAAGGCACACCUGUUAACUGAAAUGCAUUCCAGGUGACUACCUCAUGAAGCUGACUGAGAGAAUGCCAAGACUGUGCAAAGCUGGUUGCUACUUUGAAGAAUCUCAAAUAUAAAAUAUAUUUUAAUUUGUUUAAAACUUUUUAGUUUACUAUGUGAUUUCAUAUGUGUUAUUUCAAAUUAAAAAUAGUAAAAUCUAGAAAAACCCUUGAAUGAGUAGGUGUGUCCAAACUUUUUACUGGUACUGUUUAUUGAAAAAAAUCUAAAACUCUACCUGCAAUAGAGCAUGCUGGGAAAUAUGAUAAUGAUGUGCUUGGUUAAAAACAAAUUGUGUUGCUGGGGUUCUUACUUAGUUCAGACUAGUCUUUCUCUGUCUUUUCUUUGUCUAUCUCAUUUUCUGGAAGAUCCAAGCAGGGCAGCAUCUAGAGUUUAUGGACUCCUCUCCGCUACUAGCUAGCCAAUAGCCAUGGAUUUGGAGCUGGAAGAUCAGGUGUGGUGUGUCCUAAUAAUGGCCUUCUAGUAAAUAAUUAAGGGGCCCAGGAUGGAAUUAACACCAGGGGACCCUUGUGGCCCCAAGGGAGCCCGAAAUAGCCCUCAAGCAGCAGGUCACUGACCCUGGCCCCUAGGGGCCCUUGAGAUUAGGUGCAAGCCGUUUCUCCAUGCAACCCAAUCCCCCGGGACCAAAACCAGGAGGAAAGGGGAAAAAAACACACCCAAACGUUAAGAAAAGGGGCUCUUAUAGCCUGUUGGAGACGCCACACCUGCCAACAGAAACUUGACCCUUGUUUAGGUAUUGUGCAGGUAUUUUUUCUACACUCUUAGAAUUUUUUUUGCUAUCUAUAACCUAAAAGGGUUCUUCGGUUGUCCCUAUUGAAGAACCCUUUGAAGAACCCCUUUUGGGUUCCAUGUAGAACCCUUUCCACAGAGGGCCAAAGGGGUUCGACCUGGAACCAAUAAGGAUACUACUAUGGGGACAGCUGAAGAACCCUUUUGGAAUCUUUUAUUUUUUUUUGUAUAUUUUUUUUGUUUUUGUUAUCUUCUUGGUUCUGCUACCAUCAGGUUUGCUGCGUGACCUGGUCACACCCCUGUUCUCUGUGUUGAGAAACCCUGUUUGACCUGCAACUAUUUCCCAGUGCUUAAAACCAUUGACUUAACCAUGGCUUAAAACCAUUACCUUGACCAUAGUGGCCACACAUCCUUGGACAAAAACCAACACAAGAGUUACUUGAUUACUGAUAGCUAUCUGUGACUCAUUUGAAGAUCCUGAGUUCCAAUGAAACUGUCAGAGCUGGGUUCAAAUAGUAUUUGAAAUCUUUUAAAUACUUUCAGUGUUCGCUCUAGCCUGCCUGGAGUGCCAGAUGGGCAGGGUUUGGAGUGUUUUGACUAUUCUACAGCUACUGUUAUUUGAUAAUAUCACCAUUAUUACUCCAGCCAUUCUAAUGGCUUGAAUUGUAUAGCUUGCAUGUAAUAUAAUACUAUUUUAUUACGUAUGUUUGGAUUUGGACCACUAACGAGUUUUGGAAGCCUUAAAAUAACUGUCCAGUGAAAAUCUCCCUUUUAAAAACUCAUACCCAAAUAA